AAGGUAGCACGAGUAACUCUCGCGAUAGCACUGUUAACCUCACGCUGUGAGUACGCGGGGGAAAUACCGCUAGCAUCAACCGGUGCUGUGUCUUUCAUUAACACCCAACAGGAACAGUGCCAGACUUCGACAAUAAAGUUGUCAACAAUAUACAGAAGACUCAACAAGGGACCACCGUGGUAGACUAUAUUAAAACAAAGUGAAAAGGAAUCGUCUUAAAAAUGUCGGAAAGUCCAACCUGCGUGGAACAGCGGGAAGAGCAGACGGAACUUGAAGAUGCCGGGGGUGCGGAGGAGAAGUCUGAUUCUUCAGAUGCUGGAAAAGAAUCAUCUUCAGAUGCUGGACCUGAUGGCCAGGAUGCGUCGUCCUCCUCCUCGACCAAAACUAAAGUUUCUAUUCCAGGUUAUGAAGAGAAAGUGCAAACAGACCGGACCAAUAGAUUUGACUACCUGCUGAAGCAAACCGAGUUGUUUGCUCACUUCAUCCAACCGGCUGCACAGAAGACCCCCACGUCUCCGCUGAAGAUGAAGCCGGGGCGCCCUCGCAUCAAGAAAGACGAGAAGCAGAACCUGUUGUCUGCCGGAGACAACCGUCAUCGUCGCACAGAGCAAGAGGAGGACGAAGAACUGCUCAACGAGAGCACCAAGACCACAAACGUCUGCACUCGCUUCGACGAAUCACCCUCUUAUGUCAAAACAGGAAAAAUGAGGGACUAUCAGGUCCGCGGUCUGAAUUGGCUCAUCUCUUUAUACGAGAACGGCAUCAACGGCAUCCUCGCAGAUGAAAUGGGUCUGGGAAAGACACUCCAGACCAUUUCUCUGCUGGGCUACAUGAAGCACUACAGAAACAUCCCAGGGCCGCACAUGGUGCUGGUGCCCAAGUCCACCCUCUACAACUGGAUGAACGAGUUCAAGAGAUGGGUCCCGUCUCUACGUGCGGUCUGCCUCAUCGGAGACCGAGACGAGAGGACGGCUUUAAUCAGAGAUGUGUUGCUGCCCGGCGAGUGGGACGUGUGCGUGACGUCUUACGAGAUGCUCAUCAUCGAGAAGGCCGUGUUCAAGAAGUUCAACUGGAGAUACCUGGUCAUUGACGAAGCCCACAGGAUCAAAAAUGAAAAGUCAAAGUUGUCCGAGAUCGUGCGAGAGUUUAAGACCACCAAUCGUCUGCUGCUGACCGGAACGCCUCUGCAGAACAACCUGCACGAGCUGUGGGCUCUGCUCAACUUUUUGCUGCCCGAUGUCUUCAACUCCUCUGAGGACUUUGACUCCUGGUUUGACACCAACAACUGCUUGGGUGAUCAGAAGCUGGUGGAGCGUCUUCACACUGUGCUCCGACCUUUCUUGCUCCGGCGUAUAAAAGCCGACGUAGAGAAGACACUCCUCCCAAAAAAGGAGAUAAAGAUGUACGUGGGCCUCAGUAAAAUGCAGCGAGAAUGGUACACAAAAAUCCUCAUGAAGGACAUCGACAUCCUGAACUCGGCCGGCAAAAUGGACAAGAUGCGUCUGCUCAACGUUCUCAUGCAGCUGAGAAAGUGCUGCAACCACCCCUACCUGUUUGACGGCGCUGAGCCCGGCCCGCCCUACACCACCGACCUGCACCUGGUGGUCAACAGCGGCAAGAUGGUGGUGCUGGACAAACUGCUGCCCAAGAUGAAGGAGCAGGGCUCCCGCGUGCUCAUCUUCAGCCAAAUGACCAGGGUGCUGGACAUCUUGGAGGACUACUGCAUGUGGAGGAACUACGGCUACUGUCGUCUGGACGGUCAGACACCGCAUGAGGAGAGACAGAUCUCCAUCAAUGCGUACAACGAGCCCAACAGCAGUAAGUUCAUCUUCAUGCUGAGCACCAGAGCCGGCGGUCUCGGUAUCAACCUGGCCACCGCCGACGUCGUCAUUCUCUACGACUCGGACUGGAACCCCCAAGUGGACCUUCAGGCUAUGGAUCGAGCUCACAGGAUCGGUCAGCUGAAGCAGGUACGCGUCUUCCGCUUCAUCACGGAGAACACAGUAGAGGAGAGGAUUGUGGAGAGAGCGGAGAUGAAGCUGCGCUUGGACUCCAUCGUCAUCCAGCAAGGUCGCCUCGUGGACCCGAGUGCCAAUAAGCUGGGCAAAGACGAGAUGCUGUCCAUCAUCCGUCACGGCGCCACACACGUGUUUGCCUCCAAAGAGAGCGAGAUCACAGACGAUGACAUUGACGCCAUCCUGGAGAGGGGCGAGAGGAAGACAAUGGAGAUGAAGGAGAAGCUGUCCUCCCUGGGCGAGAGCUCUCUGAGAAACUUCACCAUGGACACAGAGAACAGCAGCGUCUACACCUUUGAGGGCGAAGACUACAGAGAGAAGAAGAAGGUCAUCACCAACUGGAUCGAGCCCCCCAAAAGAGAGAGGAAAGCCAACUACGCCGUGGACGCCUAUUUCAGAGAAGCCCUUAGAGUCAGUGAGCCCAAAGCCCCCAAGGCUCCUCGUCCACCCAAGCAGCCAAACGUACAAGACUUCCAGUUCUUCCCUCCACGUCUCUUUGAGCUCCUUGAGAAAGAAAUCCUCUUCUACAGAAAGACCAUCGGCUACAAGGUGCCCCGCAACCCCGACAUGCCCAACUCCGCCCAGGUCCAGAAGGAGGAGCAGGCCAAGAUCGAUGAAGCAGAAGCCCUGACCGAGGAGGAGCUGGAGGAGAAAGAGAACCUUUUGCAGCAGGGAUUUACCAUUUGGAACAAACGCGACUUCAACCAGUUCAUCAAAGCCAACGAAAAGUGGGGACGAGACGACAUCGAGAACAUCGCCAGGGAGGUGGAAGGCAAAACUCCAGAGGAAGUCAUGGAGUAUUCUGCUGUGUUCUGGGAACGCUGCAACGAGCUUCAGGACAUUGAGAAGAUCAUGGCUCAGAUAGAACGAGGAGAGGCACGAAUCCAGAGGAGGAUCAGCAUUAAGAAGGCAUUGGACUCUAAGAUCGGUCGCUACAAGGCGCCCUUCCACCAGUUGCGCAUCUCCUACGGAACCAACAAAGGAAAGAACUACACUGAGGAGGAGGACCGCUUCCUAAUCUGCAUGCUGCACAAGUUGGGAUUCGACAAGGAGAGCGUGUACGACGAGCUUCGCCAGUGCAUCCGUAACUCGCCGCAGUUCCGCUUCGACUGGUUCCUCAAGUCCAGGACCGCCAUGGAGCUCCAGAGGCGAUGCAACACGCUGAUCACACUUAUCGAGAGAGAGAACAUGGAGCUGGAGGAAAGAGAGAAGGCCGAGAAGAAGAAGAGGGGUCCAAAGACUGGCUCUGCCCAGAAACGUAAGCCUGAAGGCACCCCGGACGGUCGCGGACGCCGGAAAAAGCUGAAGUUGUGAAGCUUGACAGCUCAGUGUAUGUACAGCAUUACCUUCUCAUCAUCCGCCAAGCAGCAGAAAUACUGAGUAGUAGUAUUAGUGAGUGUUUGAAAGCUUUACUGGUGUCAAACAUCCUAUUUAGACUUGAUUGGCGUGUGAUUAGCUUCUAGCAAGCUCUCCGUUGUUGUCAUUUAAUGAAACACCGCAGAUGUGCUGGUUUUGUCUUCUGUCAUUUUUUUUUUUUAUUAGUACUUAAUGGAAAUAAAUGUAUUUAUGCCUGUCGGUUGUACCACAUUCCAAUUUUUGUUUUUAGAGAUGUCUUUUUGCCUGAAAUAAAG